GCGCAGUCGCAGUCUGUGUGAUGGGUGUUAGAAAAGCGCAUCCUGAAUGAUUCCAGGACCCCUGCAGUUGACGACGGAAACGUGAGAAGAUAAGCGUUAUUCUGGGGAGAAUUGGAAUUUCAAAAUGGCAGAGCAUGUGAAUAACUUUCCUCCCCUGCCUAAGUUCCUGAGAAUAAAACCGUGCUUUUACCAGAACAUCGAAGAGGAAAUUCCUGCACCCCACCAGCAGUUGGUUCGCAGAGUCUACAUGCUCUGGCUGAUGUAUUCGGGCACACUGUGCAUAAAUGUGAUCUCAUGUAUUGCUUGGUGGGCUGGGGGUGGAAGUGCCACAAACUUUGGCUUCUCCCUGCUCUGGCUCAUCCUCUUCAGCCCCUGUAGCUACACCUGCUGGUUCAGACCACUCUACAAAGCGUUCAGGGCUGAUAGCUCAUUCAACUUUAUGGCGUUCUUCUUCAUCUUCUUCCUUCAGUGCGUCUUGGCCCUCAUCCAGACUAUAGGCAUCUCUGGUUGGGGAACAUGCGGCUGGAUUGCGACAGUGCUGUUUUUCGGGCAAAAUGUGGGCUCCGCUAUAGUGAUGCUUAUCACAACUCUUCUCUUCACUCUGGUGACUGCUUUAAUGGCACUGGUGCUCAUUAAGGUGCACAGAAUGUACCGUGGCGGUGGCGGGAGUUUGGAGCGCGCUCAGGAAGAGUGGAGCACCGGGAUGUGGAAGAGUGCACCAGUUAGGGAAGCAGGGUUCAAUGCUGUUGCUCAGACAGCCCAAGGCCCAAGCUUGCCACAGUAUCCUGCUGCAGUGCCGAGCUACCCAGACAACAGUCACUGGUGAUAACCGAGCACCACCUCUAGAUGGAGACAGAGAGCUGGUCAUUUCUGUGGUGCACUUGAAAGCACCACAUCAUUUCACCUUCACAUGACAGAAAAUGUAGACAUGUAUAUAUAGAGAGAGUUUUUUUUGUGAAUGAGAGGACAGGAUUGCUCUUAAAGGUUUUAUCAAAGAGUUUUGUCAGCAAAGCUCAUUAAAGCCCUACACUUCUUCUAAAGGGUUAUCUUCAAAAUAUACCAUUCCAUUUCAGUUUUGUUUACAUGUGGUUCAUUGAAAUGAAUUAGAAAGAUUUACACUUUUAUGCUCAAAAGAAAUUUGCUUAGGAAGAUGUACUGUUUUGCAGAUAUGCAAUUGGAAACUCAAAAAGAGUGUGAACAGUUUUAUGAUAGCAGUAUGUGAGGGACGUGUGCCUUACGGACAUUUAUGAUAGGAUUGUUUUUUUGCAUUGCAUUGUUUUAUGCAUGCUAGAAAUUGUAGUAUGCUGAAGAACAGUUUUUUUUCUUUUUCAAAAAGCAAGUCUGCAAACUGCACGAUUUUUAUCUGGUGGAAUUCUUUCCUGUGUAUUAUGUGUAUUCUGGCAGGACUUCAGUUUAAUAUUGAUUCAUUGUGCUUGGUAUCACCAUGCUUGACUGCUUUGGCUGUGACUUCUUGAAAUGCGCCUUAAUACUGCGUGCAGUUUUUGCAUGUGAAAAAAUCGCUUGACUUUUUUUUUUUUUUUUUUUUUUUUUUUUUUUGGUGAAACUGGACUUAUGCCUCAGUGAAGCAACGUGGUGCGUAAUCCUCCUCUGUGAUUUCUAACUGAGCACUGAUGUGCCAAAACACUUGUCUCUUUUCAUUAUUUUGAUACCGAAGAAAAGUCACGCCCGAAGUGGAUCUGUGUUGUACUCUGCCUUAGUAUUUCUCAAUUUCUGUAUUUCCAAAACUGCAUUGUUUGCUUUUAGUGGUCAGCGCCCUGCCGUGAAAGCACCUUAUCAGCUGUUGUCACUGUUCCAGACACUUUCAACUUUCCCCAGAUAGACUGAAUUUUUGUGUGUAGUGACUGCGGUGUGCUUGCAUGCAGCUUAUCAUGGGUGUGACUAAAUAGGAUUUUUUUUUUAUUUCAAAUAUUCUGACCUCAUGUGACCAGUGUAAACAGACAGUAACAACUCAACUGACUGAAAGGAAACUAAAAAUGUGUAGAAGCAUUUGCAGUAAGGUGAAAUCUUGGUCUGAUAGUGGAUAAUUUUCUAUCAUUCCAACAAAUUUCAAAGCAAAUGAACUGAUAAAAACCAAUGAAUGUGGCUUUUGAUAACAGAAUUAUAACUGCUUUUUUUUAAUUAUUUUGCCUCAAUGACCCAAUUAAAGCCUGUAUGAAAUACAAGCACUGACUGGAAGGAAAAGAUUAUUUUUCUUUUCUUGUUACAAAAGUGUCCUUCAUGGCCAACUGCCAAAUGUAGUGUUUAGAUUUUUCUGUUAUUUGAUAAUUGACAAAAUAUAACGGACGUGUUCAAAUAAACUUUAAAUAUUGCAACAUUUCAAUAAAUAUUCUUACUCACACGA